AUGUCUGAGUCUGAAAAACACAGCGUCGAGCCUCCUUCCGGAAAUCCGUUCAAAUUGGAUUCCGGAUGGGCGUGGAUCAUUCUUUUCUCAGGCACGAUUUUGGGGACUCUUUCUAUUUCCAUGAGCACGUCAUUUGGCAUCAUAUUCAAUGAGUUCCUCAUUCAGCGAAGCGUGGAAGCAUCUUUGAUUCCUUCAGUUAACACUUUAUCAGUAGCGAUCUCAUCUCUCGGUGUGUUUUUCUCUGGGCCGAUCUCAAAAACACUUCGGUUGCGACCGACAUCCGUGUUUUGUUCCCUGAUGAUGUUCAUCGGAUUAACCGCCACAUCUCAAGUACAGAACGUGGGACAGUUCGUUGCCAGCUACAGCUUGCUAUUUUGUUUUUUUGCUGGCGUGUCCUACGGACUCAGCUUCCUGGUGGUGAACCAGUACUUCGACAAACGUCGUGGCUUAGCCAUGUCCGUGUUCAACGCGGGAUCCGCGUUGGGACGAAUAUCGCUGCCAGCUGGAAGCGCGUUCCUCGCAUCGGAGCUGGGUGACGCUGGGGCCCUGCUUGUGCUCGCUGGCGUGUGGGCACAUGGCAUCCCGGCAGCAAUGACGUUCAGACCCGUCAAUGACGCGAGGAACGACGCGAACGGUGUCGAGGCUGCUGCUGCUGUAGCUGCUGGGGGAAAACGUGAAGGAAUGAUGCAUGACGAUGCUGGGCUUAUUACGGAUGACACCAAGCUCAGCAAUUCCCAUGCCGAGAGCAGCGAGGGUGUCGUGACGACAGCGACUGCUGCUGUUGCUCGUGGUGCCAGCGUCGUCACGGAGUUGGGAAUGAGCCGAGCAAGAGGAAAUCACCGCUCACCGCUGCUGAAGUCGACUUCAUGCACUCGACAAGCAAUGGAUGCUUUCAAAUCAAUACCCGAGUUUUUCACACAAAUAAUUUCCAACAUCGACUACAAAUUGCUUCGAGUUCCCAUGGCUGCUCUCAUAACGUUUUCCGAAUGCUGCAUUUGGACCGGGUUGAACAACUUUUGCUUCAUCCUUGCCGUUGAACUUUCGGAAUGCGGGAAAUCGAAGACUGAAAUCAGCGCUGUUUUGUCCGUGUUUCCGGCUGCUGAUUUGUGCGCACGACUCACGACUCCUUUGUUCGUAGACAAAAAGUGGACUCGGGGAAAACAUGGGUAUUUGUUUGGCAUCGUUCUGGCCAGCGUUGGUUGCCUAGGUAAGCGUCUGAUGGCGUUCCUAAGGAUCCUGGUGUUGCUGAUCGUCGGUGUGGCGGCUGCUGGUGCGGACUGCAGUCCAGAAGACGGUGCGUUCCUGUGUCGGGACAUCUGCGGCGAGGAGGUGAGGGGCGCCGGCGGCUACGGGCGCCGCGUGACGUUCGUCGGUGCGACACUGUUCUUGGACUGCGUCAGGCAGGCGGACUUGAAGGAGGUGAAACUGCUGUCGCCGACGGUCUGCGUCGGACGCACUCGAACGACGCAGCGUCGUAACGACUUCCUGUCGAACGAAAUCAUGGCGUUCCUGAAGAUGCUGGUGUUGCUGAUCGUCGGAGUGGUGGCUGCUGGUGCGGACUGCGGUCCCGAAGGCGGUGCGUUCCUGUGUCGGGACGUCUGCGGCGAGGAGGUGAGGGGCGCCGGCGGCUACGGGCGCCGCGUAACGUUCGUCGGUGCGACGCUGUUCUUGGACUGCGUCAGGCAGGCGGACUUGAAGGAGGUGAAGCUGCUGUCGCCGACGGUCUGCGUCGGACGCCGGUCCGAGAUGGAGCGUGUCGUGACGCCAUGGAGGUGGUGCGAAGAGGUCGUACCACCCGAGCCAGAAGUUUCGACGGCGGCGGUUCCGCCGGUGGUUGAUGAGCCUCGCCCAGUAGCGCCGACGGCCAACUUGGCGGUUGUCCACGUGCCGGCGAGCAAAACGCCGUUCGUGGCUCGGGCGCCGCCCUCGACGCAGCAAAGCGUCGUAGUGGCCCCAGAGGUGCCGUACGUCAUCAGGGCACCAUCGUCGACACCGGAGGUGACGGUCAACAUCAAACAUGGUGUUGCGCACGUCGAAGCGGAUGUGGACCCGUGGACGGCCAUGGUUCUGGUCUUUAUGGGCCUAGGAGGUGCAGGGGCCACAACUUUGGCUGUUUUCUUGGUCUGGCUUGUCAAGUUCAUCAGGAACAAGUCAUCGUACAUGAGGGAGCUGGUGCGCAUGCUGACGCCGGAGGAUCAGCAGGAUCCGGAAGCCCAACCGGUGGAGGAUCUGCUGGGGCUGGAAGAGGCGGAUAAUACCGUCGCAGAAAAGAAGGAGGAAGAACUGGAGGUGAAGCUGCUGUCGCCGACGGUCUGCGUCGGACGCCGGUCCGAGAUGGAGCGUGUCGUGACGCCAUGGAGGUGGUGCGAAGAGGUCGUACCACCCGAGCCAGAAGUUUCGACGGCGGCGGUUCCGCCGGUGGUUGAUGAACCUCGCCCAGUAGCGCCAACGGCCAAUUUGGCGGUCGUCCACGUGCCGGCGAGCAAAACGCCGUUCGUGGUUCGGGCGCCUCCUUCGACGCAGCAAAGCGUCGUAGUGGCCCCGGAGGUGCCGUACGUCAUUAGGGCACCGUCGUCGACGCCGGAGGUGACGGUCAACAUAAAACAUGGUGUUGCACACGUCGAGGCGGACGUGGACCCGUGGACGGCCAUGGUUCUGGUCUUUAUGGGCCUAGGAGGUGCAGGGGCUACAACCUUGGCUGUUUUCCUGGUCUGGCUUGUGAAAUUCAUCAGGAACAAGGAUCCGGAAGCCCAACCAGUGGAGGAUCUGUUGGGGCUGGAAGAGGCGGAUAAGACCGUCGAAGAGAAAAAGGAAGAACAACUGGUCCUUGAGGACAAUAAUCCGUUUAAAGAGAUGUUAAACGCGUAG